CUGGACCCUUUGAGUUUAACUGUAAUAUAAAUAAUUCAACAUUCAUAUUAUUAGUAGGAAUGCGACUGGGAAAGUCUAAAGUCAGAUGGUUCUUGUGAAGGAGCAAGCUAACUGUUAGCCCACGUCUGAAAAAGUAACACCAUAUUUUGCAUAUGAUGCAAGACCCAGCAUUCUAAGGAGGCUUGAAAAAAAUCUAUUUAGUUUUAUUUAUUUAUAUUUAAACAAAGCUAAAAAAAUGCCCAAAAUACAGGAGACACAUUAACUUAGCCAGCUGAUAAAGCCCAGUAACUGAAAAUCCCCAUUCGCCCUCCAGAAAUAUCCUCUCAAGCUUUGACCCCAAAAGCCUGUCAAAUAAAUGGCUUUUGUUGCUUUCCCAGGUGAUCGAGUUCAGGCUAUUUCAGACCAAAGUGGUGGGGGAAGGGUUCAGAGUGCCAGGAUCCUCAUAGUGAAUGACCAACUGUCUGUCUCCUCUCUUUUAUAACCAGAGGGAUCUAGCUUGAGUGCCUCUGCUGCCUGCAGCUGUGGCAGUGUCACAAGGAGGGAGUUAGUCUCUCAGGUGGGCUAAUCCCAAGCCACUUAAAUGUGGUAGCUCAAGACCAAGACCAUCUAGAGACCAAUAGCAACCAAUGAAGAACACCAAAUGUCAGAUAGGCCUGACAAGAUGCCCAAGCUAGAGGGAACUGCUGCAUGUUGCCCCAGCUUCUGUCUCCAGAUACUUGUAAAUUGUAGAAUUCAUUGCAAUUGGCUAAUCUGGAGUUGAGAAAGUCAGGGAUAACAAUAGCAAGGUCCACAUCCAAAAGGAAAUGGCUCACCCUACUGACCAGAUGCAAAUCGUAAAAUGCAAACUGGUUACAUCGUGCCUUGAUCUUGGAGUUGAUUACUAUGACAAGAUUAUUGAUGACCUGUUGGCAAAUGGCAUUGUGCCCAUGGUGACAUUAUAUCACUUUGAUUUACCUCAACAUUUAGAAGAUCAAGGUGGCUGGAGCUCUGAUGCAAUCACUGAGGUCUUUGACAACUAUGCACAGUUUUGCUUCAGAACAUUUGGAGACCGAGUGAAACUGUGGGUCACUAUUAAUGAGCCUUAUGUUGUUGCUAAAGAUGGCUAUGAAAAAGGCAUUGUGGCUCCAGGAAUAAUGGACCCUGGUAUUGGAGCUUAUCGGACAGCUCAUAACAUGAUAAAGGCUCAUGCUAAAGCCUGGCACAGUUAUGAUUUGUUAUUUAGAAAAAAGCAACAGGGGCUUGUGUCAAUAGCUCUGAACUCAGAUUGGGCAGAACCCCUAGAUUCAACUUGUCUGGCAGACCAAGAAGCUACUAAAAGAUAUAUGGCUUUUUGCUUAGACUGGUUUGCUGAACCCAUAUUUACUAGUGGUGACUAUCCAGCCAUCAUGAAAUCCCAGAUCUCUCUAAUGAGUACAAAGCAAGGCUACCUAUCAUCAAAGCUUCCAGAAUUUACUGAGGAAGAAAAGAAGAUGAUCAAGGGAACUGCUGACUUUUUUGCCCUAAAUUAUUAUACUACUCGCAAAGUAAAGCAUCAAGAAAAUACAUGCUGUGAACCAAGUGUUUCUGGGGACAAAGAAGCUGAACAAAUAUUGGACCAUUCCUGGCCUUUGGCUGCUGGCAGCUCAUGGCUGGCUGUAGUUCCCUGGGGUUUACGUAGACUGCUGAAAUAUAUCAAGGAUACAUAUAAUAAUCCUAUAAUUUACAUCACUGAGAAUGGGUUUUCCCAGAGUGACCCUGCUCCACUUGAUGACACUCAACGCUGGAAGUAUUUCAGGCUGACAUUACAAGAAAUUUUAAAAGCCAUCUCUCUUGAUGAUGUCCAUCUUAAAGGAUAUUUUGUGUGGUCCCUCCUUGACAACUUUGAAUGGACUUGUGGAUACAGCUGUCGAUUUGGACUUUUCCAUGUUGACUUCGAAAACCCAGCUCUCCCUCGUGUUCCUUACGGAUCAGCAAUAGAAUAUGCCAAAGUUAUCGCCAACAAUGGGCUAAUGAAAUCAACUGAAGAGCUGUGACGAGCUGUCUUUUGGUACCAAGAGCUGUCUCCUUCCUAAGAAGCCAUAUAUGGUAAAAUAAAAAAAAUAUUUUCCAAAAUGCUGACUAGUCUC